CAGUGGAGAAAUCUGUCAACCAGAGACUUCCAGAUCUCCAUGGAAAGAAUGAGCUUCUUGGAGCUAAUCAGAAAGUUCAAGAAAUAAUCUUCAGGAAGUCUGAUGAAAUGCCAUUUGAAAAGAAGCAUGCCUCUAAUGUUCCUGAGAACAACCUCGAGAGUGAGGAAAAUCUCAGUCAUCUUGACAAGAUCCACAUUUAUCAGCAGUCCUUUGAACAAAAUGGGAAAGAGAAAGCUUUUAGCGAGCAGAAGAUAGUCCUUAUGUGUGAGCAAGUUUAUACCAAAGACCCAUGUAAUCAGCAACCUGGCAGUGUGGGAGAAGAAAUUCAUGUUGGCUACUAUAAAUCUUGCCUUGCCCCCAAUGAGAGAACUGACUCAGAAGAAAAUCAGUACAUGUCAAAUGAAUGUAAAGAAAACAUGAACCAGAAGUUAGAACUGAUUAGAGAUCAGAUCCUUCAAAGUGCAGAUAAUUCGUAUGUGUGCACCAAGCGUGGAAAAGCCAUUCAGCAGCAAUUAUCUCUCAUUAGGCAUCAGAGACUCCACAGUGGGGAAAAACCUUAUGAAUGCAGUGAGUGUGGAAAAGCCUUUACUCGUAAGUCAAGCAUGAGAGUACAUCAGAGAAUCCACACUGGGGAAAAACCUUAUGAAUGUAGUGAGUGUGGAAAAGCCUUUAUUCGUAAGUCAAGCCUCAUUGGACAUCAGAGAAUCCACAGUGGAGUAAAACCUUAUGAAUGUAGUGUGUGUGGAAAAGCAUUUACCCACCAGUCAGGCUUGGUCUAUCAUCACAGAAUCCACCCCGGGGAAAAACCUUAUCAAUGUAGUGAGUGUGGGAAAAGCUUUUCUUAUAAGCCACACCUCAUUACACAUCAGAAAAUACACAUUGGGGAAAAUAUGUAUGAAUGUAGUGAGUGUGCAAAAGCUUUUAUUAGUAAGUCAAGCCUCAUUAGACAUCAGAGAGUCCACACUGGGGAAAAACCUUAUCAAUGUAAUGAGUGUGGGAAAAGCUUUUCUGAUAAGCCAAACCUCAUUACACAUCAGAAAAUGCACACUGGGGAAAAACCUUAUGAAUGUAGUGAGUGUGGAAAAGCUUUUUUUCAAAAGUCAAACCUCUUUAGGCAUCAGAGAAUCCACACAGGUGAAAAACCUUAUGAAUGUAGUGAGUGUGGGAAAGCUUUUUUGUAUAAGUCAAGCGUUACAUCACAUCGGAGAAAGCACACUGGGGAAAAGCCUUAUGAGUGCAGUGAGUGUGGAAAAGCGUUCAUUUAUAAGUCAAACUUCAUUAGGCAUGAGAGAAUCCACACCGGGCAAAAAGCUUAUGAAUGUAGAGAUUGUGGAAAGGCUUUUUCUGAUAAGUCAAAAUUCAUUUAUCAUGAGAGAAAGCAUACAGGUGAAAAACCUUAUGAAUGUAGAGAUUGUGGAAAGGCUUUUUCUGAUAAGUCAAAAUUUAUUUAUCAUGAGAGAAAGCAUACAGGUGAAAAACCUUAUGAAUGUAGUGAGUGUGGAAAAGCUUUUAUUCAAAAGUUAUACUUCAUUACGCAUCAGAGAAUCCACACUGGGGAAAAACCUUAUGAAUGUAGUGAGUGUGGGAAAGCUUUUUUGUAUAAGUCAAGCGUUACAUUACAUCGGAGAAAGCACACUGGGGAAAAACCUUAUGAGUGCAGUGAGUGUGGAAAAGCGUUCAUUUGUAAGUCAAACCUCAUUAGGCAUGAGAGAAUCCACACUGGGCAAAAAGCUUAUGAAUGUAGAGAUUGUGGAAAGGCUUUUGCUUAUAAGUCAAAAUUAAUUUAUCAUGAGAGAAAGCAUACAGGUGAAAAACCUUAUGAAUGUAGUGAGUGUGGAAAAGCUUUUAUUCAAAAGUCACACCUCAUUACGCAUCAGAGAAUCCACACUGGGGAAAAAUCUUAUGAGUGUGGUGUGUGUGGAAAAACUUUUGCCAACAAGUCAGAAUUCGUUCAUCAUCAGAGAAAGCACACAGGUGAACAGCCUUAUGAAUGUAGUGAGUGUGGAAAAACUUUUAUUCAUAAGUCAAAUUUCAUUCAUCAUCAGAAAAGGCACACAGGUGAAAAACCGUAUGAAUGUAGUGAGUGUGGAAAAGCUUUUAUUCGUAAGUCAAACCUCAUUAGGCAUCAGAGAAUCCACACUGGG